CCUCCUAGGCUGCAGCCUCUAGCGCGCCUCCUGCGUUGCAUCAUCUCCAGCAAGCUGCGGCUCCGAAGGAAGGCUGGGUGCGGCGUGGUCUGCUCUGCCUCGGCUCCAGCCCAUAGCCCACAGCCUACGUCUUUCUUUAUCUUUCUGAAAACUGUUUCUGUAGGGACCCGCAGAGCUCGGGAGCCGCAGCUGGCACAGGCCACUGUCUCCGCCUGAUCCAUUCAUUCGAAACCGGUCUUUUCUCCAAGUCCAAGUUCCUCGCCUGCUGACGCUUAGAGCGGCGGGCAGCGACAUGGAGAAGAGCGGCGAGACCAACGGCUACCUCGACGGCACCCAGGCAGAGCCUACGGCCGGACCCGGAACGCCCGAGUCGGGGAUGGGCAAAGCGCAGCGCUGUGCUAGCUUUUUUCGGCGCCACGCGCUGGUGCUGCUCACCGUAUCCGGGGUGUUGGUGGGCGCCGGCAUGGGCGCGGCGCUGCGGGGACUGCAGCUCACCCGCACGCAGGUCACUUACCUGGCCUUCCCCGGCGAGAUGCUGCUCCGCAUGCUGCGCAUGAUCAUCCUACCUCUGGUGGUUUGCAGCCUGGUGUCGGGCGCCGCCUCCCUGGACGCCAGCUCCCUCGGGCGUCUGGGUGGCAUCGCUGUUGCUUACUUCGGCCUCACCACGCUGAGCGCCUCUGCGCUCGCCGUUGCUCUGGCGUUCAUCAUCAAGCCAGGGGCAGGCGCGCAGACCCUCCAGUCCAGCAACCUGGGGCUGGAGAACUCGGGGCCUCCUCCGGUCUCCAAAGAGACGGUGGACUCUUUCCUCGAUUUACUCAGAAACCUGUUCCCUUCCAAUCUUGUGGUUGCCGCAUUCACUACGUCUGCGACCGAUUACACAGUGGUGACCCAUAACACCAGCUCGGGGAACGUGACCAAAGAGAAGAUCCCCGUGGUCACAGAUGUGGAAGGGAUGAACAUUUUAGGACUGGUCCUUUUUGCCCUGGUGUUAGGAGUGGCUCUAAAGAAGCUAGGCCCCGAGGGAGAGGACCUCAUCCGAUUCUUCAACUCUUUCAAUGAGGCUACGAUGGUGCUGGUGUCAUGGAUCAUGUGGUAUGUACCUAUAGGCAUCAUGUUCCUGAUCGGAAGCAAGAUUGUGGAAAUGAAGGACAUCAUCACGCUCGUGACCAGUCUCGGGAAAUACAUCUUCGCAUCUAUACUGGGCCACGUUAUCCACGGAGGAAUUGUUCUGCCUCUUGUCUAUUUUGCUUUUACGAGGAAAAACCCAUUCAGAUUCCUCCUGGGCCUCCUCACCCCAUUUGCGACAGCUUUUGCGACCUGUUCCAGCUCAGCAACCCUUCCGUCUAUGAUGAAGUGCAUCGAGGAAAACAAUGGUGUAGACAAGAGGAUCAGCAGGUUCAUCCUCCCCAUUGGGGCCACAGUCAACAUGGAUGGGGCAGCCAUCUUCCAGUGUGUGGCUGCAGUGUUCAUCGCCCAGCUCAACAACGUGGACCUGAACGCAGGACAGAUUUUCACCAUUCUAGUGACUGCCACGGCAUCCAGUGUUGGAGCAGCAGGUGUGCCGGCUGGAGGGGUCCUCACCAUUGCCAUCAUCCUGGAGGCCAUCGGAUUGCCCACACAUGACCUCUCUCUGAUCCUAGCUGUGGACUGGAUUGUGGACAGGACCACCACUGUGGUGAAUGUGGAAGGGGAUGCCCUGGGAGCCGGGAUCCUCAACCACCUGAAUCAGAGGGCAGUGAAGCAAGGUGAGCAGGAGCUGCAAGAAGUGAAGGUGGAAGCCAUUCCCAACUCCAAGUCUGAGGAGGAGACGUCGCCUCUGGUGACACACCAGAACCCGGCAGGCCCUGUGGCCGUUGCUCCUGAACUCGAAUCCAAGGAGUCGGUGCUGUGAUUGGGUUGGGUCUCAGACCAGCCUGCUAGUACCAGCAACCAGCCCUGGUAGCCUGCCCCAUUGACGUGGGCAUAGCCCUCACAGACUUUUCAUCUCCCAAGGAAUGCUUUGGCCCAAUCACCAGUUUGAGAGUGACCUCUCGGCACAGGCGUGGAGCUCCCAGGCCAGAGCUGCUUCCUGAGGACUAGAACACUCUGACGUUUGUCUUGAUCCAUGUCUCAAUGGAGCUGUGGAUACACCUUGACUCUAUUUGGGAACCCCCUUGAGCUGCCAGGCCUGAGGGAUUCCAGGUUCACAGAGGCCUGGGGAUCAGGGUGGGGGUGGGGGGACGCAGAUGGAUUUUUCACUGUCCCCCCUGGGAACUCUGCAUCUGGUGCUUACUGGGCAAACCAGAAGAGUUUAUAGCUGUCUAUCACAUUGUCUCUGCAGCAGCAGACUCUGAAGAGUUUCCCAGAGUCUUCGACUGAGCUAGAAUCUGCUGAGCUGGUGCUGGGUUAAGGGAUUAUGCUCCACUUGUGUGGGUGGCUUCUGAGGGAGCAGAGGUAAAACAAGUUAGAGAUGCUCCAUGUGAUGGUUAGCGCAGCUGGGGGCUCAGCUUGAGUAAACCAUAAACUCUGAGUUCAGGAGUAGACUGGGGAGCCCCUAAAGAAGAUGAGACAGAAUUGAUCCCAUUCUAGACCUGAGGCACUUCUCUGCUCCUGCUGAUGGAGACCUGACCCUCUGCCAGUACUUCCCCUCCCUCCUCUGGGAGGGCCGAUGUGGUCACUGCAUUGCGACUCAUUUGGUUGGUCAGUCUAUUACUACAGUUUGACUAGGUCCUUCCUAAAAUCAUCUACUCCCUAAUAAACCCACACGCUAAUCAAGGCAGAGCUCUGUCCCCAAGCCCCUGUCUGGUUUCCACAGUAAAUUACUUGCUCGUGUGAGACCUAUGGUUAGUCCUGGGUCUGAUGUAACCUGCCUCUUGCCUACUUCACCGGGAUCUGGUAAGGCCAAAGAUAAAUCUGUGGAAAUUAUUGUUUUGCUUCUUGGAAGUCAAGUGCCAACACCUGUAAGUGCCCAGUUCACCUGAGAGGAGACGGCUUUCUCCAUGAAGGCCUCCUGUUGGCAUGAGCAGCUCUCCUGAACUGUUACUCUUAUACUUCAGAACUCGAGUUCUAAAGAGUUGCGAAAACAUUCAACGCGGCCUCUCCUUAACGAGCUACCCAACUUCUAGCACGUUUCUGGGUACCCAACUAUGUUGUUACUCUGAACCCACAGUUUCUGCAAACCCCAUCCCUAACAGGAGAUUAAGUCCCUAAGUCAUUGGCUUCACUCUUUCCCUUGCUUUCUCUGCUGUGUUAUCACCAGACCCACACAUACUUGGGACAGAGUCUGUUUUAAAGUGGGACCUGUGCCUGAGCAAAGGGGUGGGCAAGGAGCAGAGCCUACACAGCCAGGGUGAAGGCCCAGCUCUCUAAACCAACUGAGCUGCUCCACUCUCCUGUGGGACCAGGAACUAAGCAGGGAGCGGCAAACCUUAUUGCCAACACUGGUUUUAUAAAGGGGAACCAAUCACAUUGUUUGAUUAUGAGUGAGCAUUUGGUAUUUUUUAAGUUUCAGUGUAUCUUUUCCUCUGUAUUUACAUAUACUUUAUGUAUCGUGUGUGUGUGUGUGUGUGUGUGUGUGUGUGUGUGUGUGUGCUUUUAGCUCCAAGCAAGUCUGAGUCUGGAUAACUGGGAACUAAACUACAAAUUAUGUCUUUGGCAUCCUGAUAUUCCCAUUUCUAAAGAAUCAUAUUAAGUAGAGAUUGGAGCUGGACAGUGAAACCCACUGGCUGGACACUCAAGUCUCAACCAGGACCCACAGUAUCGAGUGCUGCUGUGGGUGGAGGAAAACGCUUCUGUGUGACGUGGGAUCUCCCUCUUGGAGGCCAAAAGAAGAGGUGGCCCCACGACUCCUCAAGUUCUGGCUCUCAGAGAAGUUGAGGGAGUUUCGUAACAGGGAAGACACUGCCGCAACUGUCUGAAAUGUCUCCUGGCUAUUUUUCUAACAUAUUCAUCUCUUGAUGUGAAUCUCUUGUUUUGUGUGUGUGUGACAUUUGCCUUAAAAUGUAGCACAGCCAUCAAAAAUGAGUACGGUAUUUUUACUGGCA